AUGCCGGUGGAAAUGGAAAACAACUUACCCGAAGGUGUCGACCGAAAUGAAAGCGACGACGAAGAGGAAAUAGACCCAACGGCCCAUGCGAAGCUCAUCGACGGAAUCAACAACCUGACUGGCUCGCACUUCAUCCGUGAGGUGACUCGCACAGAACCUUCCUUGAAACGAUCCGAGUUCGGGCUAUCUAAAUCGAAAAAUGAAAGAGUUCGGAUAGGCGAUUUGGUGAAGUUUUUCACGAAAUCCAAAAAGCAUACAGCGAUAGUGAAGCAGCUGGAUAAACUGAAGGAAAGUAAUCCUCUCCAGCAGCCGCUCGAGAAACCGGUCGCGGAUAAGAUCGAACGGAAAGCUGGGUUCGAGCGUUUGCAGAAAGAUCUUGACCGCUGGGAACCGGUCGUAACGGCCACGCAGGUUGCGCCGCAAACGGUGUUCCCGCUGCUGUACGGUGGGACGACGGUUCACGAUGCUCCGCCGAAAAAGUUGUCUGAGUAUCGCGUCAAGACGAAGCUGAUGGAAGAGAUGGAAGAGCUUGAGCGGACCUACGAAGGGUCGGAUUGUGCCGAGGGUGAAAAUUCCGAUGAUAAUUCACCAAACUAUGGACUAACGCUGGAAGAGAUGCGUGAAAAGGCACGUGAACGUAACCGGCAAAAGAUGCGAGAAUCGUACGCGAUAGCGAAGGGUCGUCGAAUGAACAAGAUCAAGAGUAAGAAAUAUCAUCGUCUGUUGAAAAAGGACAAACUGAAGGAGCAGAUAAAAAAGUUCGAAGAGUUGAAAGAAAAGAACCCAGAGGAGGCACUGCGUCAGCUGGACAGUAUUGCGAAACAGCGGUUUCAGGAGCGCGUUUCGUUGCGCCAUAAAAAUACGGGCACGUGGGCCAAAAAUCUUCAAGUGCGUGCAAAGUACGAUACGGAGGUAAGGCGUGAAUUGGCCGAACAGCUUGCCAUCGGGCGAGAAUUGACGACCAGACGUAUUGAGCAAGACAGCAGUUCCGAGUCGGAGGGUGAAAUGGACCUGUCGAUGAGCAGGAAAAACGGAACAAACCCGUGGAUGGAAAGUGCUAGCCAAGAAGAGGAUGUUAAUAACGAAAAAAAACUUUCUAGCGGAUAUCGCAAAUAUUGGGAAGAACGUAACCAGAUCGAGCAGAUUAAAAAGCAGAUAAAUACGGAGGUGGAACAUGAAAAUGGAAAACAUUCGGUAGAGGAGGUUGAAACUAACGAAGAUGCAGAACCUGUUAAACAAUCCAACCUGAAAGGUGUAAAAAAACGACUCAAGAAGAGAAAAGAUAAAAUUGUCAUGGCAUCCGGUACGUGGAGCGUAGAAGACACCGAUCUAGAGCAGAUUGAAAAGGGUAAAGGCACUGCUGCGAAGACAAAAACGAAAGGGAAACGAAAAGAUAGCGUUGCUACUGUGGAGCAAAUGUUUCAAGAAGCUGAGGAUAUUAUCCAAGAUGCGCUAAACAAUAAGUUAGAAUAUAUGAAGCGCAGAAUGCAGGAGGAAAAGGACGAGGAAAAGGAACUAGAGAAAGAUCAACGAAAAUCGAAAAGAAAGAAGGACAAUUCGAAGGACCUGAGUUUCAAGAAACGGGCUAGCUUAGCCGACGCAGACGAGCAAAUGAAUGAAACUGUAGAGAGUGCACCAUUGGAUGAACCGUCCGUACUGACUGCGCUGAAAAAGGUAAAGACCCCGAUCGAUAGAACGACGACUCCCUCAAUCAAAGCAGCGGCUGAAAUCAAUCUAAACCAAGUAGUGCAUAUGAAGCCGAAGCAUCUACUAACAGCCCUCCCGAAUAUGAUUACAUCAGGUGAGUUAUCGGAUGAUGAGGAUGCGGACAACGAUGCACACCGUCUUACGAUUGCCGAAGCCUUCGAGGAUGACGAUAUAGUGGCAGAUUUUGCGAAAGAAAAGCAGGACGAACGCCAGAAAGAUAUUCCGCAAGCGGUAGAACUAACCCUGCCCGGAUGGGGCCAUUGGGCUGGUGCAGGCAUUAAACCGAAGGUGCCUCGUCCAAAUGCUCGGAAGAUGUUUAAACCACCGCCGGAACUAACGCGGCGCGACGAUAACCGCGAUCAAGUGAUUAUCAACGAGGAUGCGCUUAAGAACGACAAGCUCAGUAAGCAUCUGGUCAGCGAGGUGCCAUUCCCGUUCGUCACGGUGAAGGACUAUGAGGCGUCUCUGAGGGCUCCCCUUGGACGGACGUUCAUACCGGAAACAGCACACGCAGCGAUGGUUGAGCCGCGCGUUAUCACCAAAAAGGGUGCCGUGAUUGAGCCGAUGAAGAAAGAGCUACUGGUGGCCAAUCCGACAAAGUUAACGAUGGUCGGCAAAAGGCAACGCAACGAAGCUGUUGACGAGUACAAUAAAUAUCUUGAAAAGCAUCACAAAAAGGCUUUCGGGUGGUGA